AGAGCCCGCGGGCCGAGGGGCUCCUCCGAGCGCCAGGCCGGACCCGGGCCCUUCUUCGCGUCCCGCCGGCCUCGGGCGCCAGGUGUCGGAGAGCAGGUGCAAGUAGUCUUGAGUGCCACAAGAGCAGGAUGGCUCUGCUGUGCCCCAGAACUGAUUACAUUCUCUCAGCUCUCCAGAGCCCUGUCCAUCCUGGCCAGCCACUGAGGACCCACUUCCUUUCUCUGAGUACCAGGGGUUUGAGGUCCAGAAGCAGCAAAGAUGUCUAAUGAGCCACCCCCUCCUUAUCCUGGGGGACCUACAGCCCCACUUCUGGAGGAGAAGAGUGGAGCCCCACCCACCCCAGGCCGUACCUCCCCAGCUGUGAUGCAGCCCCCACCAGGCAUGCCACUGCCCCCUGCAGACAUUGGCCCCCCACCGUACGAGCCACCAGGUCAUCCAAUACCUCAACCUGGCUUUGUCCCCCCCCACAUGAGUGCGGAUGGCACCUACAUGCCUCCAGGUUUCUACCCGCCUCCAGGCCCUCACCCACCCAUGGGCUACUACCCACCUGGACCCUACCCACCAGGGCCCUACCCUGGCCCUGGAGGCCACACAGCCACCGUCCUGGUUCCUUCAGGGGCUGCCACCACAGUGACAGUGCUGCAGGGAGAGAUCUUUGAAGGCGCACCAGUGCAGACUGUGUGUCCCCACUGCCAGCAGGCCAUCACCACCAAAAUCUCUUAUGAGAUUGGCCUGAUGAACUUCGUGCUGGGUUUCUUCUGCUGCUUCAUGGGGUGUGAUCUGGGCUGCUGCUUGAUCCCCUGCCUCAUCAAUGACUUCAAGGAUGUGACACACACGUGCCCCAGCUGCAAAGCCUACAUCUACACGUAUAAGCGCUUGUGCUAACAGAGCUGAACUCGGACUCCCCAGCCUGUCAGUGGCCCCCUCCCCAUGCUUCGCUCCCUGUGCUCGGUGGUUGCUUCUCCUCCACUUGGGGUUGGAAGCUAGGCCACCCUCCCCUGGAAGUCCUGUCCUCUUCUCCUUGCCCUACUCUGAGCAUCUGACUCUUCCAGCAAAAAUUCUGUUGGCUUUAAGGCCAAGGGCCAGUGGAUGGCAGGGGAGUAGCACUGAGCUUGUGUUUUGCUGGUUUGCUUGGUGUUUUUGAUCCGGAAGAUAAGCUGGAAAGGGGUCCUUAUGUUUCCAUUUCCGUCCAAGGUCCAGGCUCGGUCCUGACUCUCCAUGGGGCCAUAAGCUGCCAAAGUAGGUCCCAGCCUGAGGUCCUGCAGUAGAGGCUGUACCUGGAGCCACAGUUGUUCCUGCUAGGCUGACAGUAGGGCAUCAUCUGGACCCAAGCAGAACAGGGUCAUAAGGCCUGGGUUUGGUGUAGGGUACACUGCACCUCUAGGGUGCCAGAGGUGGGGCAUGCCAGAGUUAAUGAUCGCCAACUCUGGCCCUCAGCACUCAGGUAUGGAAACCCAGGACAUCUCUCUGUCCAAGUGCCCAAGAACCCCUGGUACAAGGUAGGGAGGAUGCUGGGUAAGUCAUGGCCCUGGUAACCAAGAGUGACUCAUCCCCACUGUACCCCCUUUGAGUUGAUGUGCAGAGACCCCCUUUCUGGCCACACCUCUGUGAACCCCUAUAUUUUCUGGGGCCAGAAGGAAUGCCCAUGAACCUAGCCCGUCCUGUCUACCCUGUGUCCUCACUGUGUGUGGGUGCAACCUUGUCCAAUAGCUGCUAUGUCCCAGCUGAAACAGAUGGCAGAUAAAAGGGCCCCCCCCCCCUUAGACGCACUGGGAUUUACAACACCUUCACCCUUGGUUCUCUUCCUGGAAAGCACUAGGCCCUUUGCCUCACCUGACUUGCUGUUGCUGUACCUACUCCCUCUCUUUGGGACACGUCAACAGAAAGAGCUGUGGCGCUGGGAUGAGGAAGGAGUGAUGGCCUAGUGGAUAACUGUCUUGCUUGCCCAGGGCAUAGACCCAGAGCUGUCUUUAUUUCCUAAAUGGUUUGUCUGUAAACUUGCCCACAUGGACACUGUAUUCCUGCUACUGUCCCGCUCUUGGUCGCGCACUGCCACUGCAUGGCCUCCUGUCACUGUGAAUCGUGGCCUGGUCUCAGUUUGUAGUUUCUCAUUAAAUUGGCCCUUUCACUCCCCUGCCCUGGACCUCUCUGCUCUUGCCUGGUUUCCUUCUUUUCUGAGGGAGGGGGGCGGAGGCUACAGGUAGUGAGGAGGCAGGUAGGGGGUUGAGCCCAACUGCUUUGGGGAAACAUUAUGUAGACCUGCCCUGGGAACCCAGCUGUGACUAGGCCAGGGCAGAAACUGCCUUUGACAGUUUGAAAGUCACCUUUCUUUCUGAUGCUGGCACCUUGGCAUUCACCCUUGGGACCUGCAAAUUGGAGUCUACCCAUCCCAAGCUUGGGCUUGAUGUCAUCCUGCUCUGUAGCUCUUUUUCACUUGAGAUAGAGCCACUGGGUUGAGACUAAUGGUCUAUAGGUUAGUAGGGUACAGCCUGAGCAUCCAAAUUCUGGAAUAGCUCUGGCCUUGGCCUGUUAAAUGUGAAGGUGGUAAGUUUCAGUCCGUAGUUUAAAAAGACUUUCACCACCAUAUAAUCCUUUUUUAAAUAAAACUUUUUACAAGUGGUAGAUUCCUACUAAUAAAAAUAUUUAACCUCACACUUA